CUUGAUGAAUUGUUAGUAAAGUUCCGUAGUUGACCCAUGAACUAGCUCUUUUAUUACUUGAUAAGGAAUUAUAAAUUAUUUGUCUACUUGAAGCGCAGUACAUGGCCGUUUCUGUCAACAAAACAGCAAAACACUACGUACGCUUAGGAUUUUAGUAUGGAUCCUUAUAUGUUUGGUCAAAGAUGGGAUGUACUAGUGUUACUUUUUGGGGUAGUGUCUUUAACUGCUUCAACACCAGUAGACGACCAAAAAAUUUCGUGUGGUUACCAAUCCUGCAAUCCUACUAAAGGAGAUCUCAUUAAUGUUCAUAUUGUUCCUCACACCCACGACGAUGUUGGUUGGCUAAAAACUGUUGAUCAAUAUUAUUAUGGCAGCAAUAAUACAAUUCAAAAAGCAGGAGUUCAAUAUAUUAUUGAUUCAGUUGUGGAUGCUCUUAGGAAAGACCCAUCUCGGAGAUUUAUUUAUGUGGAAACUGCUUUUCUUUGGAAAUGGUGGAUUCAGCAACAUGAUAUAGUGAAAGCUCAAUUUAAAAAAUUAAUCAACAACGGUCAAUUGGAAAUAAUUGGUGGGGCGUGGAGUAUGAAUGAUGAAGCCGUCACGCAUUAUCAAUCGAUUAUCGACCAAUUUACUUGGGGACUGAGAAAACUAAACGAAAGUUUCGGGGUAUGUUCUCAUCCAAAAAUAGGAUGGCAAAUCGAUCCGUUUGGACAUAGCAGGGAAAUGGCCUCACUCUUUUCUCAAUUGGGAUUCAGUGGAAUAUUUCUUGGAAGAAUAGAUUAUCAAGAUAAACGUGCCAGAUUCGACACAAAAUCUGCAGAAAUGAUCUGGAAAAGUAGUGCAAGCUUAGGAAGUCAGAGCGAUAUAUUUACUAGCGUGCUGUACAAUACCUAUUCACCACCGCCAGGAUUCUGUUUUGAUAUUUUGUGCAAUGAUGAUCCAAUAAUAGAUAGUAAAAAAAGCCCAAUUUAUAAUCUCGACAAAAAGAUUAGUAAUUUCCUAGAUUACGUAAAGAACAUGACACGUGUUUAUCGUUCUAAUAAUGUGUUAGUUACAAUGGGAGAAGAUUUUAACUACCAAGAUGCAAACAUAUGGUUUAAAAAUUUAGAUAAAUUGAUUAUGCAUAUUAACCUAAAACAAAAGGAAGGAUCUAAGUAUAACUUACUCUACUCAACUCCGUCGUGCUACUUAAAAUCAGUACAUGAAGAAGCAAAGAAAAAAAAUUUAACAUGGAUGGUGAAGACUGACGACUUUUUUCCAUACGCAUCUGACGAACAUUCCUAUUGGACAGGAUAUUUUACUUCUCGUCCUACCAUAAAAAGAUUCGAAAGAGUAGGAAACAAUUUUUUACAGGUCUGUAAACAACUGUACGCGUUAGCUGACCUAGGUCCAGAAGACAAAGUUGACUUAAACGCACUAAGAGAAGCAAUGGGUGUAAUGCAACACCACGAUGCUGUAACUGGUACCGAAAAGCAACAUGUUGCCAACGAUUACGCACGUAUGUUGAGUAAGGGAAUUGAAGAAUGUUCUAUUGUCAGCAAAGCAGCCCUAAAAAAAUUAUCAACUAACGGUUCACGUAGCUCUCCACCCCCAGAUCCAUACCAACAAUGCCAGUUUAAUAUUAGCGAAUGCGCUCUUACCGAAAAAGAAACUAAUUUUGUAGUUACAAUUUAUAAUCCAUUGAGUCGCCCAGUCGAUCAUUACGUUCGUUUACCUGUACUCGAUGUCAAGUUUAUUGUCUUGGAUCCUGAAGGAAAAUCAAUUCCAGUUGAGAAAAUACCAUUGCCUAGAGCAAUUUUGAAAAUUCCCGGGAGGAAAAGUCUUGCUACCCACGAGAUACUGUUUUUAGCUGCGGAUCUACCGCCGCUGGGAUUCAAAACAUUCUAUGUAACUAAUAAUAGUACCGAAUCGGAUGAGGAUGAAGUAUUUAAUAAAAUUGAAUCCACUAUGUACAGAAAUAACAAAGGAAAUGUGGAAAUUAGAACAAAUACCUCAAGCUUCACAUACGACGAAAAUACAGGGCUUCUUGCGGGUAUCCACCUAAAUGGAAUGUAUAUACCAAUGAGACAACAAUUUUUAUUGUAUGGUGGAGCUGUUGGAAGUAAUUCAAAUGCGGCGCUUAGAUCGUCGGGUGCAUACAUAUUUAGACCAAAUGGAACAUCCGCGUACACGAUAUCCAAAAAGGCCACAGUGGAAAGUUAUUUAGGCAAUUUAACCGCUGAAAUACGACAGACUUUCAACGACUGGAUAAGUCAAACGAUUCGCAUCUACAACAUGGAAAAUUUUGUAGAAUUCGAUUGGCUUAUUGGACCCAUUCCUCAAGAUCAGAAGAACGGAAAAGAAAUUAUCACUCGAUACACUACUGGUUUACAAACCAAUUCGGCAUUUUACACUGAUUCUAAUGGUCGUGAGGUUUUAAAAAGGGUAAGAAAUUUUAGACCGACGUGGAAAUUCACUGGUAAAGAAAAUGUAUCAGCAAACUAUUACCCUAUAACAUCGAAAAUAUCUAUUCGGGACGAAAAAAAGGAUUUGGAAGUAAGUAUCCUUACUGAUAGGAGUCAAGGAGGAUCCAGUUUAACCGACGGAGAAAUUGAGCUCAUGGUUCACAGAGACUGCAUACACGACGAUGCUUUCGGUGUUAAUGAAGCUUUACAGGAAAAGGCAUACGGUAAAGGUCUUGUGGUAAGAGGCUCGCAUUAUUUAAUGUCUGGAUUGUUUUCAAAAUCUACUGAAAGUGAGAGUCUAGCAUCUCAACAAAAGGAUGUCGCACAACGAAAGCUACUAUCGGCUUGGACGUUCUUAGCCCCCACGAAUGGUCUUUCAUUUCAGCAAUAUAAAGCAAAACACCUGUUAGUAUAUAACGGUUUAACUAGAGCUUUACCAAGAAAUGUUCAAAUUCUUACAUUUGAACCAUGGAUAGGAAAAUCUUUUUUGCUACGCUUAGAACAUGUGUUUGAAGCACGCGAGGAUCCCACUUUGUCUAUCUCGCAAGUAGUCGACCUUUAUAAUCUCUUUGUACCAUUCGAAAUAACUUCCAUAAGCGAAACAACCCUCGGCGCAAAUCAAUGGUUAGAAGAAAACAAACGAUUACGCUUUAAUUACACCGCCAAUAGUAACCUAGCUGAAAUAACUCACGGAAAUGCUAACAAUGAUCCGAAAUGGAGAAUAUGGAAACAAAGUCUAGUAAAUUCAAAUAGUAUUUCGACUACCGAUAAAGUAUCAAACAAAACGAUGCCAGCGUUCUCUAUAGCAAAUAAACUUAAAAUUGAACUGAAACCGAUGCAAAUAAGAACCUUCAUUUUGGAUAUAAAGAAGAAAUAGUAAUAAUUUAAAACCGGUCAUUAUUUUAUAUAAAUAUAUGUUUAUAAUGUAUCAUACAGCACUAAUCUAUGGAGAUUAUUAUUACUAAGUCACUUUUUGAUUAUAAAUUACUUAAAAUUAAAAUGAUACAUGAAGA